AUGCAGACCGAGUCAGAAAUCUUCUUACCAUCAAAACUGGACCACGAUCGUCAAAGGCCAUAUCAACACCGUCAUCAUAAUGCACCGAAACUUUCACUAUUUCUAUAUCAAUUAUUCGAACAAACACCCGUUUAUGCUUAUGUUCUCUUUUUCGUCUUUAUAUUUGCUACAUAUGUCGGUACAUUAACAACUUACGAUGAACAUCGUACGGCAAGCGUACCGGUAUUGCUCUACGUUGAAUUAAGCAUCUUUGCCUAUUGUUUAAUUGAAUUUAUUCUUCGAAUUUAUGCAUCGAAUGCCAAAGAACGUUAUUGUGGGAUGCAAGGCAAACGUCGAUUCUUCGUGGAACAUUAUCUGAUCUUCGAUUUUCUUCUGCUAGUAUGUUACGGGAUCGUUUUUCUGUGGAAUUUUGCGAAAUUUUACCACUCGCAUGCUCUUUUCCUACAUGCACUACGUUUCCUUCAAUUGUUUCGGUUUAUUCCGUUGGAUCGAUAUAUUGGAUCGAUUCCACUGAUUUGCAAGAUCGUCCGGCAAUACCAUCGAGUUCUUCUAGCCACGGUUUACAUGUGCUUCCUCCUUAUGUUACCAACAGCUUAUCUUCUUUGGAUUGUUGAGCGAUCCAUUAAAACCAAUGAUCUAUUCUUUUUCCGAACAUACACCGAUUCAUUAUGGUUUACCAUCAAUUCAAUGGCGACGAUUGGUUAUGGUGAUACUUGGCCUCAGACAUUGAUUGGUCGACUCCUAACAGCAACAUUGUGCUGCAUAGGUGUUGUUCUUUGGACACUUCCAGCGGGGAUUAUUUCUGCAGGUUUAACAUCCAUCGAUGAAAAACGUCAUGCGCGCAAACAAUUGUAUGGACCAGCAGCGCGGUUUAUUUUAGCGUGGUGGCGUUUACAGCAUGUCAAGAAACGAAUUCGGUCAAUACGCAGUAAAGAUAAUCAAAAGGAGAGGUGCAAGCAAGUUAUUGCGUAUCUUCACUGUGCUCGACUUUGUCGUGAGUUUCAACAACAUCGAUAUGGUACUCAUCAGGACUAUGAUACACAAUUGAGGAGAGAUAUCAAUCAAAUUCUUCAUCAAUUACAGAUUAUUGGAAACAAACUGAAUGAUACCAGUGAAAAUCUUCAUAUAGAACAAUAG